UCUUGGCUCCCUUAUUUUAAUCGGGAACACCAACCGAGAACCGAAGAAGACGAGGUCUCAUGAACGCCGGCGAAGAAUAGAUCGUUGGCUGAAUCCUCCUCCCCCUCCCCGCGUCCCCUUCGAGCGUCGAAGCGGCUGCCCCCCUCCGCCGCCGUCAGGUUGCUGGAUCUUCGUCGAUUGAUUUGGGUAUGAUUUUGGUCGUCUAGGGAUGAGGGAGUGUUGUGGCGAUCCACAUGCCGUGCGUGGAUUGCAGGGAGGAACCGGUGAAGAAAUUUCGGGGGGGAAUCAAGAUGGAGUGGUUGAUGGUGAGGAGUUCGAGGGAUUGCCGGCCCUUAAGGUGGGCGGCGCGUUCACAGAUGGCAAUGCUGGUGCAGGUGGUCAGGGAUUGGAAAAUGUGAGCGGUGGUUGCUCUCCUUGCGACGGUUGUUGCUCUCUUUUGGUAGUCGUAAAUGAGCAUGAAGCAUUGGUAAAGGAGACAAAGGAGGUGGAGGAAGAUUCUGGAGGUUUUGUUGAAUCUGGUAAACAAAGUAAUCAUGUUGUUCCAGAACAAAGAGUUUCAGUUGGGAAUUUAAAGACAAUUGCAGCAGCAAAUUCCGUUGUUGAGGUCGGUGUGCUGGUAGAUGCCAAUGCUGGUGUAGGCAACCUGGAAUUGGAAAAUGCAAACUGUGGGUUUUCUUCUUGCAAUGAUAGGAGCUCUUCUUUGGACGUUGGAAAGGAGCAUGAAGUAUUGGAUAAGGAGAUAAAAGAGAUGGAGGAUGAUGCAGCAGAAGAUUCCAAGGUUGAGAUUGGCAUGGUAAAGGCAAUGAAGGAGAUGGAGGAAGUUAAUGGGAGCUUUGUUGAUGCUGAGAAACGAAGCAAUAAUCUUGACCUAGAACAAGGAAUCUCAGUUGAGAACCCAAAGGCGGUUGAAUCUUGCUCUUCUCUUCCUGGGAAACCUGUGGGUUGUGUGUGUUGCAAAAGAAAUUUGGUAGAUGACAAAUAUGAAGAUUUACUCCUCUCAAAUAUAGAGAGAAUCAAGUGUAGUGCUUGCAAAGAAGACAUCCUUUGCUCAAACAAUGGCAAUAGUGGAAGACUUGAGCCAUUUAAUUCACAAAAUGAUAAAGGGCUAGCUCCAAGUUGCAUAGUAGGUCAGAAAGAAGGUGUCUGUGAUGUGUCAGAGGAAAAUUCUGUUUCCUCAUGCAUAGCCAGAGGACUAAGUGGAGUUUCACUUGAUGAAGUCACAUCGUGCUUCUCAGUGGAAGUAUCAUCCUUUCUGCAAUCAUCUGCCUUACAUACCGCUGCACGGGAUCACUCUUCUGACCUUCCGCUGGCAACAGAUUGUGAGAUAAAAGUCACUGAUGCUUUCAACACAGCAUCUACUUGCUGUAGCAAUGUAAAAGUUUCUCGUGGACAGGUAAGCAAUGGAGUAAUUGGCAUUUCAAAAUCUGUUCCUUCUUUUGGUUCAAGGCGAACCAAUCCAAAGCGUGCUGCUUCUUUAAGGAGCAUUCAGACUGAUGUGAGGUCCGAUCACUUGACCAGAAACAGGAAUAAUAUGAGGAAACAUAAUAAGGCCGCUGACUUAGGCACAUUAUUUUCAAGCAUUACAGACAAAAAAAUUGAAGUCAGAAGGAAAAGAAGCUGCUUCCAAAGAAUGACACGAAAAUCUGUAUGGGGAGGAACUAGCAGCUUAGUAACACAUUUCAUGGAAAAUGAUGAGCUUGCUGUAUCUAGUUUUCAUCUAGCACAGAUUCAGAAUACAAAUUUAAAGAUAAGUCAGAAUUCUAGACCUAGAAGGAAGAAACAAAUGUGUCAUGGAGACAGAAAUUUGAUAUCACCGAAAAGUGAAUGUGCUUUUUUAACUCAAACUAUGCACUUAAAUGAUCAAAUAUAUUUGCAGUCGCAGAUUCCUAAUAUGGUUGAUUCACAGCAUUCAAUCGAAGCCAAUAAUGAUGCCGUGCCUAACAUGUGUCGCCCUUCUCAUCUGGGCAUUUCAAGUAAACGUGGUGAAGCUGAUUGCAAACCACUGACAGAUAAUCUUGCUUCUAGUGAAAGGUUUCUUCGACGAGAUGGACAACAAGGUGAAAAGGAUAUGGAUAGUACUUUAACACAAGAUGCAUCUUUGGAUAACAUGCUAGGCGAAUGUCCUGGGGUCUCAUCACACUCUGGCUCUGAAACUUUGAUGGAAACAACUGUUGACAAGCACUUGGUGGAUCCAGAAUCGUCGCCUGACUCUGAUAUCUAUAAUCCGGUUGUUGAUGUUGGUGUUGCUCUUAUAGAGUCUGGCACUUUUCAGGACAAUGUUGUGAAUCAGAGUGUGAUUGUUCCUAAACUGACUGUUCUAAAUGGCACGUGUGCUAAACUUUUAAAUUCCUGUGACGCUAUUGUAAGUCCUGAAUCUGCUUCAUCCUUGGAAGUGCAGCUGCAAACUGAGAAUAAGGAAGAGAGUAAAUUCUGUGAAGCCAGUGCAAAAGCAUAUGCCUCAUCAGAAGAACAUGACUUAAUCAAGGAGAAGUUGCAUGAGUUAGAUAUUCAGAUCACAGAUGUGGAACCUGUGAAGUAUGUUAGGAAGAAGCGUAAUGGCUUUAAGGAAAGAAGUCAUAUAUGUUCAGAUGCCAUAAAAGAAGCUAAGGGAAAGAAUUAUAGAGGGAAGACCUAUCCUGAUAAUACUACAAAUGGAGUGGAAGAGUUGGGCUGCAGUGAAGGAUCCAGGAAAGCUGAUCUUGGUCUGGGAGUGUGGGUAUUGACCAAGCAGGAUACUGUCAAUUUACAGCCAGAAGAUGGUGGAUUGUUGAUCACUGAUAAAGCUGAUGCGCACAAACUUUCUAGAAGCAGCAAAAAGAGAGUGGGUAAAAACAAAUUAAGUUUAAAAGGUUCAACAAGAACCCGAAGACCAAAAUCCCAUGGUAAAAAAAACUGCACUAUACAAAGGUUAGGGAAGAGCAGAAAGAAGGAAAAUAAUCAGACACUUGAUGUGGAUUGGGAAGCAUGUGGAAGCUUGAAGUUGCCUCCGGGGAGAGCUUGUAACAAAUCGAAACCCAAGGAAGGUACUUGUGGAUUGGAAGGUCAGUCCUUACCACAAAGGCGGGCAUGGGUUCUUUGUGAUGAUUGCCACAAGUGGCGUUGUAUACCAACUGAACUUGCAGAUAUUAUUGGGGAAACCAACUGUAGAUGGACUUGUAAGGACAAUACAGACAAGGCAUUUGCUGAUUGUUCGAUACCACAAGAGAAGACAAACUCAGAGAUCAAUGCUGAAUUGGAGAUCUCAGAUGCUUCAUGUGAUGAAGGUGUUCCUAAACCAAAAUCUUCUGGAUUUGCAAAGUCGAAGUUAGCUGCCACCCAACCAGCUCCUUGGACACCUAUCAAGUCCAACUUAUAUCUUCAUCGCAAUCGGAAAAGUCAAACAAUUGAUGAGACCAUGGUUUGCCACUGUAAGCCUCCAUCAGAUAGCUGUUUGGGUUGUGGAGAUCAAUGUUUGAAUCGGAUGCUUAACAUAGAGUGUGGGAAAGGAACCUGUCCAUGCGGGGAGCUUUGUUCGAACCAGCAGUUUCAGAAGCGCAAAUAUGCCAAACUCAAAUGGAUUCCUUGUGGGAAAAAAGGAUUUGGCCUCCAGUCGCUUCAAGAUGUAUCUAGUGGGCAGUUUAUUAUUGAAUAUGUUGGAGAGGUGCUCGAUUUAGGUACCUAUGAAGCCCGUCAAAGAUACUAUGCUUCCAGAGGUCAGAAGCAUUUUUACUUCAUGACGCUGAAUGGUGGUGAGGUAAUAGAUGCAUGUGCAAAAGGAAAUCUAGGUCGUUUUAUCAAUCAUAGUUGUGAUCCUAAUUGUCGCACUGAAAAGUGGAUGGUAAACGGAGAAGUUUGUAUUGGACUAUUUGCAAUAAGAGAUAUCAAAAAGGGUGAAGAACUAACUUUUGACUACAAUUAUGUUCGCGUGUUUGGUGCUGCUGCCAAAAAGUGUGUUUGUGGCUCUUCUGUAUGCCGAGGCUAUAUUGGUAGUGAUCCUUUGGAUGCUGAGGUAAUUGUGCAAGAUGAUUCAGAUGAUGAAAUUCUUGAACCUAUGAUGGCCCAUGAAGAAAAUGAGAAGGCACUAGAUAUAGAUGUGUCGCUCUCUUAUGCUAAUGAUGUGGUUGAGAAAGAUUCUGAUUCUUCUAUUAAAAAUAAAGUUCAAUUAGAUGACUCCCCCCUUAUAAUCUCGGAGACUGAAGCUCAUCAACAGUCAUGGGACACUAUAUGCAAGUCAUCUUAUGAUGUUACUCCAUUGAGCAUUACUUCUAAUGGUCUGGACAAAGACACUAUUUCCAGAUCCAUAUCUGAGAUCCAAUUAUCCGAAGACCAAUCACGAAACUUGGAUGAUGUACACAACAAAGAAACCUCAACGGUACAACCUUCCCUUACUGUAAUUGACCCCAUUUCUGGGACUGCUCUAAAAAGCAUCUUGGCAUCUAACAUCAUUGAUGAGCAGCAAAGUGUAUCAAAACCUUACCUUGCAAAAUCAUCCCCUUCAAAUCAUAUUAUAAGGAAGAGCAAGUUGAGUGCAAAAGCUAAGCCGGCCCAGAAAGCCAAAAAAUCACACUGGCGAUCUGGUAAUGCACAAUUUGCAGGAGUUGAAAAUGAAUUGAAUGAGUUGUUAGACGCGGAUGGUGGCAUUAGCAAGAGGAAGGAUGCUACAAAGGGCUAUUUGAAGCUUCUGUUUGUGACUGCAGCAGAAGGUGAUAAUGCUGGUGGUGCAUCUCAAAGUAUACGAGACCUUUCCUUGAUUCUUGAUGCACUUCUAAAGACAAAAUCUCGGACAGUUUUGAUGGAUAUAAUAAACAAAAAUGGACUGCAGAUGUUGCACAAUAUAAUGAAGCAAAACCGGAGUAAAUUUAAUAGAAUUCCUAUAAUCCGGAAGCUUCUCAAGGUGUUGGAGUUUCUUGCUUUAAAAGGAAUCCUUACCCCAGAGCACAUAAAUAAAGGUCCUCCAUGUAGUGGAAUGGAGAGCUUGAAAGAUUCAUUGUUGAGUUUGACCAGGCAUAAUGACAUUCAGGUUCAUCAAAUUGCUCGAAGUUUCAGAGAUAAGUGGAUUCCUCGCACAAUUAAACGAGUUGAACCAUCAGAUCGAGAUGAAUUUCAAUUAGAUUCACAGCGACCUUAUCCUUGUUGGUUUCAAUCAUCUCCGUUUAACCACCACCUUGAUCAAGGAGCAAGAGACAGUGAUGCCAUUGUUUGUGUUAGUGAACCCAUGGAGCAGGUAACAUAUUCAGGUGUAGUUGAUAUGCCUGGAGAAACAUGUUCACUUUCGUCAACAUUGAUUGAUAAUAAUACAACAACUAGAGCAAGAACUCGCAAGCGCAAGAGUCGGUGGGAUCAGCCAUUAGAGUACAAUGGUCCCGACCAACAACAUUUGUGGUCAAGUCAAGACCAAGCCACAGAAGCUGGCUCAAAGCUUUUCAAAGCUUCAUUUUCAGAAUUAGAGCUUGGCUCUAGGACUGAAGCUCAGAAGCGGAACCUUGAUAGGCCGAAUGAGGAUGGUUGUUCUCUCAACGGAGUUGCUGGUAUGAAGAACUUUCUGCAACAGAACAUGGAUGAUGAGGCACCUCCUGGAUUUGAGUCAUCACAGAAGUUACAUCAGCUUACUUCUGAAACUCUAGUCCCUAGAGGUGAAGUGGUUGUGGGUUAUCUUCAAGAGAGGUACCUCUCACACUUGGGUGUGUCAUAUGGGAUUCCUCUGGCCUUUGUUCAGAAGCUUGGAACCUCUGAGUUAAAGGGAGACACCAACAGACACCAAUUUUGGCAAGUUGCACCAAGCAUGCCCUUCCAUCCAUUUCCACCCUUACCUUCAUAUCCUCGAGGAAAACCAAAUCCUUUAACUCUUACAUCGGAUUCUUCUAAGAAUAGCACAGUAGACCAGGGUUUGAAUGCAACACAAGUGUGCAAGCUAGAUGAUGGGGACUCUCAGGCAACAGAUGUGCCUGUUCCAUCUACAAUAGGAGGAAGGCCAGCAACUCACUUAGAAGCACCAUCUAGGGACCUGCAGAUUUCAGAAAGAACAAGUUGGUCUUCAAACAGCUAUGGGAGGAGGUUAUUUCGGACGCACAGAUGGAACAACCAGAAAUUUAGGAGACGUUGGUCACCUUGGCCCCAAGAAGGCAAUGAUCAUGGAUUUAGAGGUACCGUAAGACACAGAGAUAGUGGCAGAAAUUUCAGAGAUGAGAGGAGAUACUGGCCUCGAUGGCCCCAGGAGGACAGCGGUGUUAGCUCCAAGCAAAUGUGAGGGAUGGUGGUGGAAAUUGCAGAUGGAAAUUCAAGUGUAGGUGUAGGAAAUGUGAGGGAUGGUGGUGGUUCCACUCCGAUGGUGUAAGAGAUGAUGAUGUUAGCUGUAGCUUUAUUCAACAGCUAAACCAUAAUUGAUGUCUUCAUUUAAUUGAAAAGAAUCAAAAGAAAAAAAAAAGGGGGUAGAAGCAGCAAAAAGGCGCUUCUCUAUGUAGUUGUAAUUCUUUUACAAACUAAGUUCAUCAGUUGAAGUUUGCUAUUUAUCUAUUCUUUGGCCAACUUUCUAACUCA